AUGUGUUGUUUGAUUCUGGAGCAUCGAAUUGCUUCAUUACACUGGAGCGUGCCGAGAAGAGUGGCAUCCGCAGUAGCGCUAGCGAGAGCGCAUGCAUGGUCAAGGUGGCGGAAGGUGGAUUCUUGUCUACUUUGGGCCGUGCUAGAGUUGGGAGCAGUGAUCUUCGCGUUGAAGAUUUGGAGCAGUGAUCUUCGCGUUGAAGAUUUGGAGGUCUUACUUGCUGGUGAGACAGUACAGGUCUUCACGGAUCACAAGAGUUUGCAGCAUAUCUUCACUCAGCCGAUGAUGAACGCGAGACAGACGCGCUGGGUUGAGUUCUUGGCGGACUAUCAGGUGAGCAUUAACUACCAUCCGGGCAAGGCUAACCUAGUGGCGGACGCGUUGAGUAGACGGAGGUAUGAUUCCGCAGUUGAGCGAGAUGUGGAGUCUCUAGUUGGCGAGAUCAGUACCUUGCGUUUGUGUGCCAUUUCGCAGGAGCCUUUGGGUUUAGAGGCAGUGGAUCAGGCGGAUCUACUUAGCAGGAUCAGAGUUGCUCAGCAGAGUGAUCAGAGUUUGCUGGAUGCGACGAGAGUGACUGGUUCUGAGUAUGAGGUCUCUGCGAAUGGGACUAUCUUGGUUCGUGGGCGAGUUUGUGUGCCUAAGGAUGUGGAGUUGAGACAUCAGAUUUUGGGAGAGGCUCAUGCGAGCAAGUUUUCCAUUCAUCCAGGAGCGACCAAGAUGUACCAUGACCUCAAGAGGUACUAUCAUUGGGUCGGGAUGAAGAGGGAUGUAGCAGACUGGGUUGCGAAGUGCAACACUUGUGCCUUGGUGAAGGCAGAGCAUCAGGUUCCGGGUGGUCUUUUGCAGAGUUUACCCAUUCCAGAGUGGAAGUGGGACAGGAUUACGAUGGAUUUCGUGGUUGGACUACCUGUUUCGAGGACUUUCGAUGCUAUUUGGGUGAUUGUGGAUCGGUUGACUAAGUCCGCACAUUUCUUGGCCAUCAAGAAGACAGAUGGAGCUGCUGUCUUGGCUAGGAAGUUUGUGCGAGAGAUUGUGAGGCUGCAUGGAGUGCCAGCUAGUAUUGUGUCAGACCGUGAUCCCAGAUUCACUUCAGAGUUUUGGAGGGCGUUUCAGGCAGAGAUGGGCACUAAGGUGCAUUUGAGUACAGCUUAUCAUCCGCAGACAGAUGGUCAGUCAGAGAGGACUAUUCAGACUUUGGAGGAUUUGCUGAGGAUGUGUGUGUUGGAUUGGGGUGGCCAUUGGGCAGAUCACCUGAGCUUAGACACCCCUAUGCUGGACCCAAGUGGGGGAGCGCAGCAUGUAUGGAGCUACUUAUGUUCAGGAGACGACAGAGAAGGUCGUGUUGUGAGGCUGAACAUGAAGGAGGCUCAGGAUAGGCAGAAGAGUUAUGCAGAUAGACGCAGACGAGAGCUUGAGUUUCAGGUGGGAGAUAGAGUUUAUCUCAAGAUGGCUAUGUUGAGGGGUCCUAACAGAUCCAUAGCAGAGAACAAGCUGAGUCCGCGUUUUAUGGGUCCGUUUCCAGUAGUGGAGCGAGUUGGGCCAUUGGCUUACAGGCUGGAGUUGCCUGAGAUUAUGAAAGCCUUUCACAAGGUUUUUCAUGUGUCGAUGCUGAGGAAGUGUCUUCACCCUACAGAGGAGUUAGUGGCUAGGAUUCCAGAGGAUCUUCAGCCAGAUUUGACAGUGCCGGCAGUGCCUGUGAGGAUUUUAGAGAGGAGGGAAAAGGUUCUGAGGAACAAGAGGAUUCCCUUACUGAGGAUUUUGUGGGAUUGCAGUGGUUCUACAGAGGAGACUUGGGAGCCAGAGGCAAAGAUGAAGUUGAAGUUCAGGAAGUGGUUCGACAAGCAGGUCGAGGAGUGA